GCCAGCUUUUUAAGCAUGCUUCUUGAGUAUUGUCCCUUUACCUUGUUUGGGAGCUGGGAUUUUCUCUGCUGAAAAAAGGGCAAGAACUAUCUAAUUAGGUAAAGAGCUAGGUUUAUAACUAAAAAGAGACAAACAUAAAAAGAAAAACUAUUAUGGGAAGGAGUAAGGUGCAGCUUAAACGGAUCGAAAACAAGAUCAAUCGACAGGUUACUUUCUCAAAAAGGAAAACCGGUUUGCUCAAGAAAGCUAAAGAAAUAUCUGUUCUUUGUGAUGCUGAAGUUGCUUUGAUUAUUUUCUCUCAUAAUGGAAAGCUCUUUGAUUAUUCAACUGAUUCAUGCAUGGAGCAGAUACUGGAACGCCAUGAAAGGUAUGGCUAUGCGGAGAGACUACUUGUAGGAAAUGAUACUGAUACUCAGGAAAACUGGACGAUGGAAUACACAAGACUCAAGGCAAAGGUUGAGCUUUUGCAGAGAAACCACAGGCACUAUAUGGGAGAAGAGUUAGAUUCAAUGAGCCUUAAAGAGCUUCAAUGUCUAGAGCAGCAGUUAGAUACUGGUCUCAAGAACAUACGUACCCGCAAAACUCAAGUCAUGUAUGAAGCCAUUUCUGAACUUCAGAAAAAGGAGAAAGGGAUUCAAGAGCAGAAUAACAUGCUCUCAAAGGAGAUCAAGGAGAAGGAGAAGGUUGUUGCACAAGAGGCUGCUGCUCAAUGGGAGCAGCCAAAUUACAGGGUUGAUACAUGUUUCUUACUACAAGAUCCCCUUCUUCCCGGUUUGAACAUGGGUGGCAAUUACGGUGAGGGAGCACAAGAAUUGGGGAGGAACGGGCUGGACCUGACCCUGGAAACACUAUAUUAUUAAUUCUUGAAAAAGCUACUUUAUAUAUUACAAUUUGCAAUCAUAUAGGAACAAGUAUAUUUCUUAAUGUUUGAAUGAAACCUUAUAUUUGAAUCAAUGUAAUAUGGUUUUCAAUAAUUAUAAGUGCUUUUGAUGUAAGCGGAAAUAUUAACUUUGUUAUCAAAUCGUAUUUUCAAAUUUGGU